AGAAGAUACUUCUAUAUUUCAUUGCUUUCAUUCGCCUCUUAUGGACCUGCAGAUAAACGUAAACAUUUUGUGAGGUUUCCGGCACUUUGUCGUCGAUAUUAUGUGUAUUAAUAGCUUGACUUAGUUCGUGUUUUUGUUUCGGAAUGAAGUGACACUCAGUGGAUCAACACUCCCAUAAUGUAAACAAAAGCAUGAGGGAACCGUGGCCAAUAUGCUGCCGCCUGAAACACAUCGGCCGUCACCGCCGCGCCUGGACUCCGAUAUCACAACACAGAUUUCGUGUGCAAAGCUCGUCUUUGUGUUCAUGCUAGUGAAAAUUAAGCCAAGAAAGCCAUCAUGCCUGGUGAGGAUAAACCACCACAACAGACCCGCCAGAGGAAAAAGAACAAAAAGUCCCGCUCCAAGGGCAAGAACCAGGGUGGGAGUCCCAGUACCCGCCUGGGAGGCACCUUAGACGGCCAGGAUGACCUCCUCUUACCGCCAGUGCUCCAGCCUCCUCCCAAAAAGCCAGUGGAGGAGAAGCCAAAAGUGCCUGUUGCCAAAGUGGAGGAGGAGUCGUCCCUUGCUAUCUGUCUUCAGGUGCUUUUUCCCUACCUGCUGGCAGGGAUGGGCAUGGUGAUGGCUGGCAUGGUGCUGGACAGUGUACAGCACUGGGAGGUGUUCAAAGUAAUAACAGAGGUGUUCAUCCUGGUACCUGCUCUGGUUGGACUCAAAGGAAACCUGGAGAUGACCCUGGCCGCGCGCCUCUCCACUGCUGCUAACACGGGCCAAAUGGACGACCCUGAUAAACAGUGGACCAUGGUGUGCAGCAAUCUGGCACUUAUACAGGUUCAGGCAACAGUGGUGGGCUUCCUCGCAGCAGUAGCAGCAGUGUGCUUAGGGGCCAUUUCUAGAGGGGGGGUAGAACUGGACCAGGCAGCUGUUCUCUGUGCCAGCAGCAUCACCACCGCCUUUGUAGCUGCUCUGUCCUUAGGCCUGGUGAUGAUUGGUGUGAUCAUCGGCUCCAGGAAGGUGGGGAUCAACCCUGACAACGUGGCCACCCCCAUCGCUGCCAGUCUGGGUGAUUUGAUCACCCUGUCCCUGCUGGCCGGGGUCAGCAGCACUCUCUAUGAAUAUAUGGAUAUAUGGUACCUGUCCCCUCUGGUGUGUCUGGUCUUCCUGGCUCUGAUUCCACUCUGGGUGGUGGUGGCCCGACAGAGCCCACAAAUCAGAGAGGUUCUCCGCUCAGGGUGGCAGCCUGUCAUCGUAGCCAUGUCCAUUAGCAGUUUCGGAGGCCUUAUACUGGACAAGACAGUGAGUGAUCCCAACUUUGAGGGCAUGGCUGUCUUCACGCCCGUCAUUAAUGGAGUGGGUGGUAACUUGGUGGCCAUCCAGGCCAGCAGGAUCUCGACCUACCUGCACUUCUGGACCAUCCCAGGGGUGCUGCCCUACAAGAUGCGGCAGCACUGGCCCAAUCCUUGCAUCACCUUCUUCUCCUCAGGGGUGAACUCCAAGUCAGCGCGGGUGCUUCUGAUGCUGGUUGUCCCCGGUCACCUGGUCUUCCUCUACGCCAUCUCUCUGCUGCAGGGAGAGGAGGCGCCCAUCUCCGUAGCCUUCACCAUCUGCUACCUGUGUGCUGCUCUGCUGCAGGUGGCCAUCCUCCUUUACUUUGCCGACCUCAUCAUCCGUGUGAUGUGGAGACGGAGUCUCGACCCUGACAACUUCUCCAUCCCCUACCUGACCGCCCUGGGGGACCUGCUGGGCACUGGCUUUCUGGCCCUCUGUUUCCGCUGCGUCUCACUGGUUCAGGGCCUGGGUCUCUGAAUUUUUCCUCUUUACCACUAAACUCUCAGCCAGCCACUGUCUUGUUGCAGCAGUUUUGUUACAUUUGCUCAGAGAUGCUUUUGAUGGGACAAUAAAGCAUUUUCUGAUGGUUA